AAAUUAACACUUUAAUGUGAUUGUGAUCUGCAGAUAUAUUCGUGUUCGUCAAAUAAAAAUAUGGCUAAUCACUACGAGGUGCCAAGUUGGGCUGGCAAGCCGCCGACAGGCCUCCACCUGGACGUCCUAAAAGGGGACAAGUUGAUACAAAAGUUGAUGAUUGACGAGAAGAAAUGCUAUCUGUUCGGACGGAACCCCCAGAUGAAUGACUUCUGCAUAGAUCACGCCAGCUGUUCCAGAGUGCAUGCGGCUUUUGUUUACCAUAAAGACUUGAAUAGAGCAUUUUUAGUUGAUUUGGGCAGUACACACGGGACCUUCAUAGGCAAAAUGCGUUUGGAGUCAAACAAGCCAACGCAGUUGCCUAUUGACUCUACCUUCCACUUUGGUGCUUCCACAAGAAAUUAUAUUAUAAGAGAAAGACCAACGGGUAAUUCUCGGGGCAUAAUGGAGGACUUGCCCAACACAGAACAAGAGGGCGCAUUGUUGGGGCUUCCUGAGACACAGACAGAAUUAGAUAAUUUAACUGAAUUCAACACGGCACACAACAGAAGAAUUUCUAUGCUGGGCAUAUCUACUGAUGAUGGCAGUGAUGUUAUUAAGCCAGCCACAGGCACAAAGCGUUCCGCAACCAUGCCAGGCGGCAUCCCAAAGAAGCAGAAACGAAACGUCUCCUUCAACGAAGAGGUGGACAUCAUCAACCCAGAGGACAUCGACCCCACCAUCGGCCGGUUCAGGAACUUAGUCAAGUCCACUAUAGUGCCGAACGCUAAUGCUCCUCCGAGGAAGCUGAAAUUGCAGAGUGCUGAUGAUAGCCAACACCACCAUUCCCUGCGCCUGCAGGAGAUAUCGCGCGGGAAUGCGCUGUACUCAGACCUGCCAGCGCCCAGCUCGCAUCUCAGCCUCAUUGGAGCCAGACUCGGCUUGUUACUACCGAAUCCAGCACCAGACGUGGAAUUGGAGGGUCCGGAGCCACAUCUCAACAUACAGCCACCUUUACCGCACUCGGCCCCCGAAGAAGCGAGUGCCUCCAGCGAGCCGAAAAAGAAGAAAUACGCAAAAGAAGCCUGGCCGGGACGGAAACCCGGGCUCAUACAGGGUGUCUGAGGGCACCCACAGGCUUAGCCCGCGGGCCCACGGCGCCAGUGCUAAGCCUACACCGCUUUGCAAGCGGAAAUGGACGUUACAUCAACGUUUUGGAAUUUUUCAAGCGUCUCGUGUCAAAUAUGGCACAAUUUUUUGUGUAAGUGCAUUACAAUAUAAGCUAUUGCAAUAUAGUGAACACGUUUUCGUUUUUAGAUACAACGGUAGCAAUUAGUGUACACAUGUGAACACAAGUUUUCGUGUACACAACAACAUCGCGUACCAAUUAUGGUACAAUAUUUUUUUCAAGUGCAUUACAAUCUACAAUACACUCGGUAGCAAUAUUAUGUACACAUUUGAACACAAGUUUUCGUUUUUGAAGUAUCGCGUGCCAAAUAUGGCACUCCAUUAUUUUUAGUGCGUUACUAUAAAAUCAGUUGCAAUACACGUUUAAACUCAUCCUCCCUAUAUUCUUUUCUCGGUAGUAGGUAUAGUCUGGUCUGCGAGCACGUAGAAUUUUGGAUAGCGUUUUAAGUUAUUGCUUAUUAUUCUGAAAGUAUUUACAUUGUACAGUCGACAGCACACCAAACUACAUUUUUACUGCAAAAUAGCUCUUAAGACAACUAAAUAAGACAUCACAGCAUUUAGCUUGAAGUGCAGUCGUCGGUACUGUAUUUAAAUGUUGACAUAAUUAUAUUAAUACAAUAUUAUUUCUUACGUGAAGUCAUAGAUUAAGAUUUGUUUCUGCUUUUUACCCGACUGCGCUAGAAGGAGGGUUAUGUUUUUUACUGUUUGUAUGUAUUUAUGUAUAUUAUUUCUUUGGCACGCUCUGUAGUUAUAUUAAUACAAUCAUUAGCUAAUAAACCACACCAAUAAA